AUGGGCCGGAGAAACGGCAAAACGCCCCAACGCCGGGAGGGACCCGAGGGGCCGGCCUCACGGGAGCAGGAGUCCGGGUCGGCCAGCGCAGAUGGCGUGCCCAGCCGGGAACGCCGACAGGGCCGUGGUAAGGCCCGCGGGGUGAGACCAGUCUUGGAGUCCUCCCCCGCGGGAGGCCAGGGGACCUCUGCUGGCCACAAAAAGCCCACGGCAGAGAAGAACGGCGGCUGCAGACGGCCCGGGGCUGGUCCUCCAUCGGAGGCCCAGGGGAGACAAGAAAGCGCGCGGCGUCGGGGACGCGGAGCUAAGAAGAGCCGGGGGCCCGGGGACAGCCGUGCGGGGCGCCUGGAGGAGGAGAGUCUCCCCCGAGGAGAGGGGACGACAGGCGAGCGCGGCCGACACAGGAGAGGAGGAAAAGGGCGGGGACCCUCGGCUCGGCGCGGCCUCGACGGGGAUGCGUCGGGCGGAGACGGAGGCAGCUCCUGCCGGGAGAGCGAAGCCCGCGAGGCCCCGGGAAACGGCAGCCAGAACGGCGGGGCUCCGGAGCUGCGGCCCAAAUCAGAGCAGACGGACACGGGCUCGGGAGGCACCCAAACCGGGUCAGAGUCAGCGCUGGAGCCGGGAGAGCUUCCGAGCAGCGACGGCCUGAGUAGCGAUGAGCCCCGGAGCCAGGAAGGACUGUCGGGGACGGAGCCCCAAGGAAAGAACGAGGGUUCCGGGACAGACAAGGACUCGAGUCCAGAGGGGGCCGGGUCUGGACGGGGCCCACUGGCAGCCCCAGGACCCGUGAGCAGGUACACGGAGGCCAAAGAGGCCGAACUGGGCAAAAAAGCCACGGCCUCCAGCCCCCUCCAGAGCAGCCGUGCGUGCGUCCCCCCAAAGUCGCGGGCUUCUCAGGAACCCAGGCCGGCCGGGGACACGCGUGACAAGGGGACGCGGCGAGAGGCGAAGCCGCGGGGCGCCGAGCCCGGUGGAGCCGAGGUCUCGAUGGCCCGGAAUCGGCGCCGCCAGGUCGGAAAGGUGGUGGGGAAGGUGCAAGAAGCAGCGGACGACAGCGAAGCGGAGGCCGAAGGGGGAGACGGACCCGGCGACCCAGCACCGCUGGCCGCCCUCGUGGCGCUCCACAGGCUCCGCGCGAGGCCCCAGCCAGGCCCCGCUUCCGAGGCCGCGGGUCCCCGCCGCGCGGGCCUCAAGGAGCGGCUCGUGCGCGUGGCGCGGGCCUUGGGCCUCCUCCGCUGGCUGUGGCACCGGCUCUGGCUCAGGGCGGGCAGGGGGCAGGCGGCGGGGCCGCGGGCAGGCGAGGGGCCGGGGCCCGGACCGCGAGCGGGAGGUGGGCGGGGCCGCGGGCCGGGGCUGCGGCGCCGUUUAGCGCUGCGCCUGGCGGGCGUGGCGGGGCUGGAUGGACGGCCGAGGGCUCCCCCUGGCGGCGGCCCGAGCUCCCCACAGGCCGCGAAGAGCCCAGCCCGCGACGCACCUUCCGAGGACGAGGACCCGACUCCGGAUCCCAAGUUCGCGGUCGUGUUCCCCAGGAUCCACAGGGCGCGGAGGUCGUCGCGCGGCCGGAGUUCCGAGGCAGCGUCCGCAGUCGCCCCCGCCGGGGAGGGGCUCAUUCGGCCUUGUGCCGCGGCCUCAAGGGACGGUGCAGGGCGCAGGGCCAACGGAGAAGGGGUGGCCGGGCCCCGCCGCGGCUCUCUCCUCUGCCCGACUCCCCGCGGCGAGACCCCCCCACUCGACGAGAGCGGCUCCGGCAGCGAAGCCGAGCCGGAGGCCUUGGAAGCCGAGGCUCCGGUUCACUGGGCGCAGGGCUCAGACGCCAGCGAGGACCCUGGGCUUGGCACCCACACUCUGCUGCCCCGGCUCACCUUGGAGAGGAGCCUAGGCCCCUGUGCGUCCCAGAGGGAGCGGUGGGAGCCGGAGGAUGAGGCCGAGGAAGCGCUGGAGAGGGAACUGGAGCUGAGCCUCGGGCCAGGCCUGGAGACGCCAUCCUUUCUCGGUGCCGAGGGCAGGAGCCUCAUGGACGUCCUGGAAGACACCGAGGACCUGGCCCGGCUGCGACUGGUGUGUGACAGCUCCGUGCUGCUGUGCCUCAAGAAGAGGUUUCACCUGGGCAGAAUCUACACCUAUGGGGGGCCCCUCCUGCUCGCUCUGAACCCCCGCCAGCCCCUGCCUCUCUUCUCGCCUGAGGUCCUGGCCAGCUACUGUCCCAGGAAGGCCCCCAACAGCACCCCACAUAUCUUUGCCAUUGUGGCAUCAGCCUAUAGCCUGUCUCAGAGCACUGGACAGGGUACCUGCAUUCUUACACUACCAGCCCUUCCCUCCUGCAGUGGGCACAGUGGUUCAGGGAAGACAGAAGCUGCCAAAAAGAUUGUGCAGUUCCUAAGCAGCCUGGAGCAGGAGCAGACGAGGGACAGAGGGUGCCAGCUGGAUGACGUGCUGCCCUUGCUCGGCAGCUUCGGCCACGCCAAGACGGUCCUCAAUGCCAAUGCCAGCCGCUUCGGCCAGGUCUUAUGCCUCUGCCUGCAGCAUGGGGUCAUCGUGGGAGCUUCUGUGUCACAUUAUCUGCUUGAGACCUCAAGGGUGGUGUUUCAGGGCCGGGCCUGCAGGCUCCAAGGCAAGGAGGAUGCCCGGGACCUCACAGGACUGGUGAAGGCCCUGCAGGCGCUGGGCUUGUGCCCUGAGGAGCUGACCGCAGUCUGGGCCGUGCUGGCCACCAUCCUGCAGCUGGGCAACAUCUGCUUCUCCUCAUCAGAGAGGGAGUCCCAGGAGGUGGCUGCCGUGUCCAGCUGGGCCGAGAUCCACACGGCAGCACGGCUGCUGCAGGUGCCGCCCGAGCGCCUGGAGGGAGCUGUCACCAGGAGGGUCACGGAAACACCCUAUGGCCGGGCCUCAAGAUUCCUCCCCAUGGAAGGCGCCAUUGAUGCCAGGGACACCCUGGCCAAGGCCCUGUACUCGCGGCUCUUCACCUGGCUUCUGAGGAGGACCAACACGCGGCUGGCACCACCCCGGGAGGGAGGCAGCAUGGACACCGUCACUGUCGUGGAUGUCUACGGCUUUGAGGCCCUGCGGGUGAAUGGCCUUGAGCAACUGUGCAACAACCUUGCCAGUGAGCGCCUCCAGCUCCUCUCCAUCCAGAUGCUGCUGGCUCAGGAGGAGGAGGAGUGUCGGCGGGAGUUGCUGCCCUGGGAGCCCAUCCCCCAGCCCCCGAGGGAGUCCUGCCUGGACCUCCUGGUAGGCCAGCCCCACAGCCUCCUGAGUAUCCUGGAUGCCCAGACAUGGCUGUCCCAGGCCACAGACCACACCUUCCUCCAGAAGUGCCACUAUCACCAUGGAGAUCACCCAUGCUACGUCAAGCCCCAGCUGCCCCUUCCUAUCUUCACCAUUCGACAUUAUGCCGGACCUGUCACCUACCAGGUUCACAAGUUUUUAAACAGAAACCGGGAUGACCUCGACCCUGCCGUGGUGGAAAUGCUUGCCCAAAGCCAGCUCCAGCUGGUGGGCAGCCUGUUCCAGGAAGCAGAGCCCCAGGCCGGGAGCAGGCAAGGCAAACCCACACUGGCCUCUCACUUCCAGCAGUCCCUAGGGGACCUCAUAGCCAGGCUGGGCAGGAGCCAUGUCUACUUCAUCCAGUGCCUCAACCCCAACCCCGGGAAGUUUCCAGGCCUCUUUGAUGUGGGACACGUGGCAGAGCAGCUGCGCCAGGCAGGCAUCCUGGAGGCCAUAUGUACCCGCAGCGCCAACUUCCCAGUGCGGGUGCCCUUCCAGGCCUUCCUGGCCAGGUUCCGGACCCUGGGGACCGAGGUGCAGGGAGAGCUCUCCGACCGGGACAAGUGUGGCACCAUCCUGAGCCAGGUGCUGGGGGCUGAGUCGCCCCUCUAUCACCUUGGAGCCACCCAGAUCCUGCUGCAGGAGCCUGGCUGGCAGCAGCUGGAGCAGCACUGGGCCCAGCGUCAUUCCCAGGCGCUGCUCAUCCUGCACCGCGGCCUCCUCGCCUGCAUCUCCCGCCAGCGCCUCCGCCUCCUGCCACGGAUGCAAGCUCGGGUGCGGGGGCUCCAGGCCAGGAAGCGUUACCUCCGGCGGCGGGCAGCUCUGGGACAGCUGAACACCAUCCUGCUGGUGGCCCGGCCCCUGCUCUGGAGACGGCAGAGACUGCAGCUUGGGCAUUGGCGUGGCUGGCACGGCGGCAGGGCCUCCGAGAACAUGUCAAGCAUGGAGCUGGGACGCUUAGAGAUCCCGGCCGAGCUGGCCGUCAUGCUGAGGACAGCAGAAGGCCGUCAGCAGACCCUGGCCCAGAGCAUCACCGAGGCCAUGCCCCCGGAAGUUCCUGCUCAGUACAGCCUCACUCUCCCCCCGGAUAUCGACCAGUUCCCCUUCUCCAGCUUCGUCUCCAGCGGCUUUCAGGAGCCAGCCCUGCCCAGCCCUGGGCAGCUGCUGGCCAAGCCCCUGACCCGGCUGGAUGGUGAGAACCCUCAGCAUGCCCUGGAUAUCAACAAGGUGAUGCUGCGGCUCCUAGGGGACGGGUCCCUGCAGCCCUGGCAGGAGCAGACCAUGGGCACGUACCUGGUGAGACAGGGGCAGCGCCGGCCAGCACUGCGGGAUGAGCUUUUCAGCCAGCUCGUGGCCCAGCUCUGGCACAACAUGGACGAGCAGCAGAACCAGCGCGGCUGGGCCCUCAUGGCCAUCCUGCUCAGUGCCUUUCCCCCAAUGCCCACCCUGCAGAAGCCACUGCUCAAAUUUGUAUCCGACCAGGCCCCCAGGGGCAUGGCAGCGCUGUGCCAACACAAGCUGCUAGGGGCUCUAGAGCAGGCGUGGCUGGCCCCUGGGAUCACACGGGCCCACCCGCCCAGCCAGCUCGAGUGGACAGCCGGAUGGCGGCGGGGCCGAAUGGCACUGGACGUCUUCACUUUCAAUGAGGAAUGCUGCUCGGCCGAGGUGGAGUCUUGGACGACGGGGGAGCAAUUUGCGGGGUGGAUUCUACAGAGCAGAGGCCUGGAGGGGCCCCCCCGCGGCUGGUCUGUGUCACUGCACUCCAGGGACUCCUGGCAUGACUUGGCUGGCUGCGACUUCGUGCUGGACCUGAUCGGCCAAACAGAGGACUUAGGGGACCCGGCUGGUCCCCAAAGCUACCCCAUUGCCCCCCGAAACUUAGCUGAGGAUAUCCCCCCCGCCCCCGGUGUCCAGGCUCCCUCACUACCCCCAGGUCCCCCUCCAGGUCCAGCCCCGACGCUGCCCAGCAGGAGUCACACAGGGCAGUCCCGGGCCUCAGGGAAUCUGGAUGGCUUCCUAGACCACCUCUUCGAGCCAGUCCUCUCUCCAGGCCUCAGGGAUCUGGAGCAAGGGUGGGCUCUGAGCAGCCGAAUGAAAGGAGGGGGCGCCAUCGGGCCCAUGCAGCAGGGCAGCUACCCCAUGGUGUACCCAGGAAUGAUGCAGAUGCCUGGAUACCAGCCAGCCAUGAUGCCUGCACCCAUGCCCAUGAUGCCAGCAGUGGGCGCAGUCCCCGCCAUGCCAGCCAUGGUGGUGCCACCACAGCCACAGCCACAGCCACAGCCCCUGCUUACCAGUGUGGAUGCAAGACAGCUGGCGACCCAGCAGCAGAAUUUCAUCAACCAGCAGGCGCUGAUCCUGGCCCAGCAGAUGACUGCCCAGGCCAUGAGCCUGUCCCUGGAACAGCAGACACAGCAGCGCCAGCGCCAGGCCCAGGCCCCUGGAGCUACCUCCUCGGCCACAACUCCAGCCAUCUCCCCCAAACCCAAGAAGCCCCCAGCCCCCCAGGAGGAGCCAGAGUGCGAGCUGGAGCCGGUGGGUGCCUGCCUGAGGGAGACCUCACAGGAGGAACACAAGCCCCAGCGGCCCAAGAGCUUCCAGCAGAAACGCGACUAUUUCCAGCAAAUCGGGCAGCAGCAGAUCAAGGUGAAGAUGGUAAAGCCUCCUGCCAAGGUGCAGAUCCCCCAAGGGGAGGAACAGGAGGACCAGGAGGAGGCGGAGCCCAGCACAGGUGGCGGGGAGACGGGGGAGGUGCCUUCCCCUCCUCCGCCCUCGGUAGGGAAGAAGCCACUGACACAAGGUGGGGCCAGGGCUGCUCGGGAGGCUGAGGCUGAACCGGCCAGGAAGGCGGUGCCGGGAGGGCCUGAGGUGGUGCGCAGCUCCGUCCAGCCACCCAGGAAGGCAGAGCCCAGCAGGGAGAUCCGAAACAUCAUCCGCAUGUACCAGAGCCGCCCAGGCCCCGUACCUAUGCCUGUACAGCCGUCCAGGAAGCCCGCCACAACGUUCCUAAAGAAAAACAACCCGAAGGACGAGGCUCUGGCGAAGCUGGGGAUCAGUGAUGCCCACUCGCCCACCUCGACACGGUCCCCCAGCCCAGGGAAGGGUCCCCCACCACCUGUGGCCCCUCGAACCAAGUCUCCACCACGGCCCGGGACCUCCAAAUCCAUCAGGGAGAAGCAGGGGCCCCUUCGGGAGCUGUUUGGCCAGACCCCACCCACUGCCCGGGCACCCCCACCUCCACCAGCACCCCCACUGCCUCCACCUGGGGACCCGGGGACUCCUUCAGCUGAGCCUCGCUGUAUGGAGUCCAUGGGGGACGAGGGGACCCGCACCCAGCUGCUCGUGCCCUCUGGCAGCGUGAGCUUCUCCUACGCCAGUGUGCCCUGGAGGCUGUUCCUACGCAAGGAGGUCUUCUACCCCCGGGAGACCUUCAGCCAUCCUUACAGUCUCAGGCUCCUCUGUGAGCAGAUCCUGAGGGACACCUUUGCCGAGUCCUGCCUCCGGAUCUCCCAGGACGAGCGGCGCAAAAUGAAAGACCUGCUGGGAGACCUGGAGGUGGGUCUGGACUCACUCGUCACCACUGAAGACAGUGUGAAGAAGCGCAUUGUGGUGGCCGCCAGGGACAACUGGGCCAAUUACUUCUCCCGCAUCUUCCCCGUCUCGGGCGAGAGUGGCAGCGAUGUGCAGCUGCUGGGUGUGUCCCACCGCGGGCUGAGACUGCUCAAGGUGACCCAAGCCCCCAGCGUCUUUCCCGACCAGCUGAAGACUCUCCGCUCAUACAGUUUUGCGGAGGUGCUGGGCGUGGAGUGCCGGGGCAGCUCCACCCUGGAGCUGUCGCUGAAGAGUGAGCAGCUGGUGCUGCACACAGCCCGGGCGAGUGCCAUCAAGGCCAUGGUUGAGCUGUUCCUGAGUGAGCUCAAGAAGGACUCUGGCUACGUCAUUGCCCUGCGAAGCUACAUCACUGAUGACCACAGCCUCCUCAGUUUCCACCGUGGGGACCUCAUCAAGCUGUUGCCAGUGGCCACGCUGGAGCCAGGCUGGCACUUUGGCUCCAUCGGGGGCCGUUCCGGACUCUUUCCUGCCGACAUCGUGCAGCCAGCUGCUGCUCCAGACUUUUCCUUCUCACGGGAGCAGAGGAGUGGCCAGAACAAGAGUCAGCUGCAGCGCAGAGAGCCGGGGCCGGGGCCGGCUUCGUGGGAGAGGGCGUUGGAGGGUCCCACCCGCCCCCAGAGCCGGGCACACAGUGACAAGUCGGAGGCCACCAACCUACCCUUCUCUGUGGCCUCUGCCUCUCAGCCUAUGGGCUACACCAUGCAGGAGUUUGCCCUGCAAUACUUCCGGAUGCCCAAGACCUUGCUGGACCAGGCAAGUGGAGGUGCUAAAGGGAAGGCCACGGCCAGCCUGGUGCAGUACACAAAGGCUCCCAUCCAGGAAUCGCUCAUCAGCCUUAGUGAUGAGGACACGAACAGGCAGGCUGUGGAAAGCUUCCAGGCUCUGAUGCAAUUUAUGGGGGACCAGUCUAAACCCCGGGGCAAGGAUGAGAUGGAGCUCGUCUACGAGCUGCUGAAGCUGUGUCGUGAGAAGGAGAACCUCAGGGAUGAGAUUUACUGCCAGGUCAUCAAGCAGGUCACGGGACACCCCCAGCCGGAACUCUGUGCUCGAGGCUGGCGCUUCCUCAGCCUCCUCACUGGCUUCUUCCCCCCGUCAUCCACGCUGAUGCCCUACGUGACCAAGUUUCUGCAAGAUUCAGGCCAGAGUCAAGAGCUGGCCCGGACUAGCCAGGAGCACCUCCAGCGCACAGUCAAAUAUGGGGGCCGCCGGCGGCUGCCCGCCCCGGGUGAAAUGCAGGCUUUCCUGAAAGGGCAGAUGGUCCGCCGGCUUCUAAUUCACCUGCCUGGGGGUGUGGAGUACAAGACCAACAUCCAGACUUUCACAGUGGCAGCAGAAGUGCUGGAGGAGCUGUGCGGGAAGAUGGGCAUCCUGGACCCUGGCGAAGUGCAGGAAUUUGCCCUCUUCCUCAUCAAAGGGGAAGGUGAGCUGGUGCGGCCCCUGUGGCCCCACGAGUAUCUCAACAGCAUGGUCGUGGACAAGGAUGUGAGCCUGCACAGCCGGCGGCUCAGCUGGGAGAGCCGGCUGCACUUCGAUAAUCCCACCUACAUCACCACCCACUACAACCAGGUACAGCGGGACUACCUGCAGGGAAAGCUGGUGGUCAGCGCCCAGGAAUAUGCCCAAGUUGCCAGGCUGGCCGCCCUCCAGCACCUCAGCAGGGCCCACAAAGACCUCCUCUCAGAGCAAGACCUGUUGGCUUACUUGCCGAAGCCACUGCAACAGCAGGUGAACGUGGUCACCCUAAAGGGCCUAAUGGAGCAGGAGCUGAGGCAGCUGCAAGGAUGCAGCUCCCAGGAAGCACAGAUCAGCUUUAUCGAGGCCGUGAGCCAGCUGCCCCUCUUCGGCUACACCGUCUACAUGGUGCUUCGGGUGAGCCAGCUGGCCCUGCCCAGACCCAGCCUCCUGGGGCUGAACCGCCAGCACCUCAUCUUCAUGGACCCCAGCUCCCAGACUCCGUGCUGCUCCAUCGCCCUGAGGGAUGUGCAAAGGCUCCGCGUGCUGAGCCCCCUGGAGGAAGGGGAGCCCCCUGGUCUGGAACUCAACUAUGGCUCAGCUGACAGCCCUCAGACCAUCUGGUUUGAGCUGCCGCAGGCCCAGGAGCUGAAGCACACCAUCACCUUCCUGCUGGACAGCAGCACCGCUUCCGCUUAGUGGCCUGCCUCACCCCAGAGGAAGAGCGGGCCCUCCCUGGCCCAAGUUUCAUCCAGACGGUCUCCCUUGGGUGCUGUCAGCUCACUUUGCUUUGGAUUUCAUGGCUUGGCUGUCUGGAACCUGCCACAGCACAGCCGGGCUGGCCCACAUGAAGGCCACAAAGCAGGGGCUGGUAUAUUGACAUCAACUUGGAAAGAGAGUAAUGAGACUGCUUCAGGCGGCGGGGGGUGGGGGAUACAGGAACUCAGCUUGGGCCUCUGAUGCUGCCCAGUGUGGGGGAUAUGCCCACCUGGCCCCGGCCCCGGGUCAACAUCAGCAUGACCCCAGACCUGACAG